AUGGCGGAAUCCAAGAAAUUCGACCUUGUGUACCGUGGCACCUAUGGCCAUGACCUAUUGGGAAACGUCUGUUUCGUGGUCGGGAGAGGACUCGACCCUCUUCUCCAGCGCUAUUUGUUGAAGAAUUCACCUCUACCGAAAGUCGCCUCAGCUCUCGGCCUGCGUGCUUCAGUCCCGGCCGUCACUGGCGGCGUUCCCCUCGCGUCAACGGGCCUGACACCAUUCCAGACGGUCAUAUGGUGCAUGUCGAUCGGCUCGGCGGCGAAACAGAUCUUCUGGAAAUUCGUCGUCGCCAGAGAGCCCAUCUAUCCCAGUACGGCGUUCGCAAUCAGCUUCUUCAACACGUUCCUCAACACCUUGAAUACGCUGGCGUAUAGCGCGUCGGGGAGCAACCCGACCUACUUUCCGCCCUGGAGUGUCUACGUCGGAACGGCGCUGUACAUCACGGGCAUCCUGACCGAAACCAUCUCGGAACUCCAGCGAAAGAGCUUCAAAAGUGACCCCAAGAAUGACGGCAAGAUCUACACCGGAGGACUCUGGUCCCUCGUCCGCCACGUGUCCUACACGGGCUAUUCGCUGUGGCGGGCUGGUUUUGCCAUGGCAGCGGGCGGUCCUCUGUGGGGGACGUUUGUCGGGCUGUUCUUUCUGAGGGAUUUCGGUACGAGGGCCAUCCCCGUCUUGGAUGAGUACAUGGGGAAGAAAUACGGCGAGCAGUGGACGCAGGUCAAGCAGAAGGUGCCCUACGCCUUAAUCCCUGGAAUCUGGUAG